UCCGCGUGGUGCUUCCCCCUGCUUCACAUCUCCCCGUCCAUCCCGCGUCGGAAUUAGGGCCGGUUGGUAUCCAAUCCCACUGGUCCAACCUGAAUUUUGUCCAUCUGCUUUCUCCGCCCUCUCCUACCCGUCUUGUCUUGGAAGUUGGCCUGCAACAUCCCCUCCAUGACUGACGCGUUCCCCAGUGCCCUGGUCGGGCCAUCAGCUAAAGAGAGAAAAUAUGACCGUCAGCUUAGACUUUGGGCUGCCAGCGGUCAGCAGGCUCUCGAGGAGUCCCGAGUACUGCUGGUCAGUUCUGAUGGCCCCAUAGGACCUGGUAACACGGGAGUAUCAGGAGUCGUCGGUAUCGAGACGCUGAAAAACCUGGUACUCCCGGGUAUCGGAGGCUUCACCAUCGUGGAUCCUGCGACAGUCACAGAAAAUGAUCUGGGGUUAAACUUCUUUCUCGAGGAAGGAAGUUUGGGCAAGUCGCGGGCAGAGGAGACCUGCAGACUCCUGAAGGAGCUAAAUCCGGACGUAGAAGGACACUUCUUUUCCAAGCCGAUCGGAGAGCUUCUGAAGGAGCCUGGGUUUCUACCACAGUAUAAGCUGGUAGUAGUCUCUGGUCCUUUGAAGCACUCUUCCUUGAAAUUGCUCUGUGUGAACGCUCGUGAAUUAGGAAUUCCCCUCUUGUACACACAUUCUGUUGGAUUCUACUCAAUUUUCUCACUUCAAGUUGCGGCAGAGUUUCCCAUUGUAGAAACACACCCGGAUCCUGAAACGACCCAGGACCUUCGCCUGGUCAGCCCCUGGCCAGAGCUAAUUGAGACUGCUAAGCGUAUCGAUAACUUGGAUACCCUUGAUGAUCACCAGCACGGGCACGUUCCAUAUGUAUUGCUCAUCCUCCAUUAUCUGGAACAGUGGAAGAAGACACACAAUGGUAACGUGCCGGCUAGUUACAAAGAAAAGUCGGAGUUCAGGGAGAUGGUUCGAGCCGGCGCAAGGACCAACAAUCCAGAGGGGGGAGAAGAGAACUUUGAUGAAGCCGUUGCGGCUGUCCUGAAGACUUUGAACCCGUUCAGUUUGCGAAGCUCUAUCCGUGGUAUCUUUGAAAUGGAAGAAUGCAAGAACCCGAGACAGAACUCUAACAACUUCUGGUUGAUUGCAUUUGCCAUCAGAACAUUCUACCAGAAGCAUGGCGUGCUGCCACUUCCAGGCCUGUUGCCUGACAUGAAAGCCCAGUCGGAGGACUAUAUCUCCCUUCAGAAUAUCUACAAGGCAAAGGCCAGGAAAGAUUUGUUAGAAGUCAUUGAGACGGUCAGAAACCUUGAGGCCCAGCUAGGCCCACGACCAGAUCCUGUUUCUGAAAAGGAGAUUGAAAUAUUUUGCAAGAACGCCGCUCAUAUUCAGAUUAUCCGUGGCCGUGAUAUUCCUCGUAUAGACGGGGAUUCACUAACCGUGAAAGCCAUCCGAAACAACAUCGCUCUUCCUGAGUCCCUAAUGCCGAUCUUUGUUGCUUUCUUGGUUCUGGACGCUGUAGUAAGCGAGAUCCAAGAAGGCCAACACCAAGGAGGCUCACUUGAUGAUGACAACAUAUGGAAUACCCAGUUUGACCGUGUUGUCGAUUCUAUUACUCAGGCGGACCCGUCUUUAAUGGACGAAGAAGCGCGUGGGCGCAUUCUACAAGCGAUGCAAGAACUACGACGUACAGACGGUGGCGAACUGCAUAACAUCUCAGCACUUACCGGGGGGUUGGUCGCGCAGGAAGCACUCAAGGUGAUUACGCGGCAAUAUGUGCCGCUGGACAAUACCUGCAUCUUCGAUGGUGUGCGGAGUCGCAGCGAGAUGUACAAGCUGUAGCCUAGUGAAUCUUCAGUAAAAAUGGUAGCAAGGUCACGUCAGGUGAGGUUAAGCUAAGUCUUGGCAGCUUACUAGUGCCAAGACGGGGUCAAGUAUGGUCCUUAGCGAGGUCAGGUCAACUGUAUCCUGGGGAAGGGAAAGCACCAACAGGUGCUAACAAUAUACGUGUCUAUACAGGCGGGUCUCUGGGCUGGCACUAUGAUACAAAGCACAUCUGUUCCACCCUCUCUAAGUGGUAGAAUGAGGCAUUAUUACUAGGCGGUUGUUGUAUUUUCGCAUUAAUCUUGCAUGCAUAUUCAUAUGAUUCUGCCAUGUACCACCUCUAAACUGAUUGGCGCUUGCUGUGUUCAUGCUUCUUGCUAACACCUCCGACAUGUAAA